ACUGGUCCAUUUAUUUUACUUCAAAAGGGCUGUAAGAGAAAGUAAUUAUAUACUCUUUUGUUUCGUAUUUUCACUUAGAAAUCAAGACAGUAAGAAAGUAUAGUGAGCUCACAGAAGGGUAAAAGAAAGGCUUUCAACACUAAAGUUAUCCGAUUCUCCCUUUUCUCACAACAUACAGUGCUGUUGGAUAGCUAAAACAAAUGCAGCGGAUAGUGGGUGUGGAGGAUGAUUCGCAUGUUCGUCUGACAGCUCACUGCCAGAAAUGCAGUGCUAUUGGGUGCACCUUGGUGGACCACUGCAGACACUGGUGCAUCUGAUGAAGGUGGGGCCGUUGACGUGUGCCGAAAGCCACGGGUGUGUGGAGACUGGGGUGGAUGAACAUCCAGACAGCUCAGAGCACAGCCUAUGUCUACAGCCAGUCCAGCAAGUGCUGACUUUGAAGCAGGAAGAAGGAGAAGGAAGAGUUCAAAGCUCUGGCUGACUUCCAGCUGGUACUGAUGCCUGUUUGUAACAGAUCCCAAAUUUUGAAGUGCUUUCAUGCCAGACAAUGAGAAGUCACUUUUCUGGAGUCUGUGAAACUAUGCUGACAUGGCAUCUGACUAGAUUGACUUGAUAACAACUCAUGAACAUGGCAUUUAUUGUAAGAGCAUGUCAGAGACUUGAGAACAGAAGAGAAAGCAGAAAUACUGGCUCCUUUCCAGACAGACCGAGGAGGUGCCCAUGACUCACAUGGUAAGAUGAUGACCAGGCAGCAAUGACACAGUUUCUGUACGCAACUUCAGAAGAACAGAAACAAAAGGAAAAUCAAAAGUGGAGUUGAGCAGAGUUUCUUGUCCUGAUCACUUGGAUUCUGCUGUUGGAGCAGUCUUAUCAUUGCUCUACGUGGCAAACCUCCAUGUCAGGGACCCUGCAGGGCUGUGAGGACAAAGUGUGGUUACCAGGUUAUCACAGAAAUCCCAGGGAGGUGCCUGUUGUCUCAACCUCAUCCUUAUGUCAGCCACAGAGGUGAUAACUAUGGUAAAGCUUAAUAUACUGCUUAUGUGUUACUGAUGAUCUCCCUAUGCUCAUUCCAUCUAUACAUGGAUUUAUCAUUUAGGGUUGUUUUUCUAAGCCUAAAACAAUCCCAGUUCAGGGAGAAUUUGUCCCAGUUUCUCUAUAUCUAAAACCUUGGGCUGUAACUUUUUGAAAACAAAGGUUUCUGAGAUGACAUCAUGCUGGCAAAAUAAGUUGUCUUAAUUGAAAUGUUUUCUAGCUGGAAUCUUUUCAGGUGAGGAAUGUAAUGAUAUAUUUAUACUUUGUCCAUGAAAGACUGAAUAGCAUAGCAAUAGUAGGUUAUCUCUUGGGGCUGUCCAAGGACUAAGCUGUGCAAAAUUACCUACAAUCAGUAACUCAUGGGUUGCCUAGUUCACACAAACUCAUACAAAGACAUCUAUAACCCAGCCUAAUAAAAGCAGGAUCUUUUAUUAACUGUGUAUGUGUGGUGAGAAAAAGAUUGUUUAAAAAGUGUAUAGAAAAUAAAUAGUUUAGAUAUAAAGGACAAGGUUCCAUUGUGCCCUGCUCUGGCUAGACGGACUUGCCGUAAAGGUGAUUUCUGCCUGUAAACCAUCACACACUUGCAGAAUAAGAUGUCUGGAGUUGUUUUGAAUGCCUCCUUGACCGGAGAUCUUAUGUGGGCAGGUGAGAUGGCAGACAGCAGGAUGGCUGGCAGGUUGAAGAGCAUGGCCACCAGGUCCUUAUGACAGUGCAUGUGGUGAGAAGUGCUCAUGGCUCUUGGUUAAUUGUGUAGGAAUGGUUUUGAGCUUGCUCCUUCUGGUCUUUCAAACAAGACUGCCUUGAGGAGGGUGGCUUGGAAAAGCUGUAUCCUUUACUCCCAUUAAUACCCUUCUAUUCUGUACUGCUUGCAGGGACAGAAUUUUGGCUGUGAUCCUUCAAAUCUAGUUGUCUAACUGAAUCCAAGAAAUCUCUGGCGGCAAACUAAGAAAAUUGUAAAAGAUAUGAGUUUUGGACGGAUAGCUCUCUCCUGUCCCUGUCAAAUGUUUUCAAGGUCAAACAGUUUGACGUUUGUCUUAUGAGCAAUGACUAGGAGCAGGCAACUUUCUUUAUAGGAAUAUGUUCUACUAUUUCUGUGACUGAUUUGAUAUAUUUCAGACAGUUUUAAUUAACUUUAAAAUAAUGCUGCUGAGUUGUUUUAAGCCUUUACCUGUCAAGUCAUGGAUUUCGUUCUUGCUCUGUCUAUAGGUUGUAGUGGCACAAUCAUAGAAAGGGUCCAAAAAGCCUAUCUCUACUAUGUCUGUUCCCUGCAAAAAGAAAAUCAGCUCCAAUCUUUGAAACACUGAUGUAUUCCCUUAACUGUGUGCACUUAAAUUGUUCCACUGACUUCAUUGAGAACACUCAAUGUUUAAGCAUAUGCUUAACUACUUUACUGAAUUGGGGUCUAUAUGCAUAAAAUAAAGUAUAUUUGUAAGUGUCUGUGUAUUCAAGGCCGUGAUGGAAACCAUAGUAAAAACAGCAUUGCAUUUUACAUUCAUUGACUGAACAAAAAUCUCAUUGAAGUCGGUAGUCGUUCUGCUGAGUAAGGCCAAGAGGCAUCUGGCCCAUACAGCUCGCAUCCCAGCUGUGACUCUUCAUGUACAAGAGUUAGAAUACAGCACUGAUGCACCAGGCUGCAAGUGAGGAAGGAGAGCUCUCAUCACACUGCCGCAAAAAUCCCACAGCAGUUUGUCAUGUCUGUGAGAAGUUCUAAAACCAGGCUUUAGAUUGGAACAUAAUACUCAAUUUAUUCAACAGUGUAAAGAAAGCAAUUCAGUUCGUGGGUUAGUAUGAACUUCUAACACAGAGAGAGCGAGCCCAACAUUGUUUCAUUGUACAGAAUGGGUGUUUUGCUGAGGGACAGCAGAACUGUGACAAAAUACGUCUAACUUACGUAUCAGUUGAAAAACCCACCAAAGAUAUAAAUCAACGUGGGACAAUAUAAAAUCACACCUAGCAAACAUGUUUGUGUUAUAAUCAUUUGACUCACUAACAGACACUUAAGGAGUGCUCGUGGAGGGACGAGCUCCGGAUGUCAUUUUUAUAUGUUUCUCCAGGUCCCCUUAAUACAGAAAAUCAGUCAAAUAUGCCUAUAUCAAUCCCCCAAAUAUGUCUUCUUCGUGUACUGAAAGGCACAAAGCUCUUUUUUCCCUUUUCCUUCCUAGUGGGAGAGGAAGCUGAAGGGCUGAUCUUUUAAUUGGGGCUGGAUGCAGAAAUGCUUAGUAAGUUUAUUUCAUACAAAGAAGAGUCCAAAUGGCUUUGAUUCAUUGGUGGCACCUUUUUUUGGCCUGGUGGUUAACCCAUACCCCCACGGUGUGAUAUCAUGCUCAAAGUGAGGAGCCGAUCUCUCUCUGAUUUAGGGAUCAGAGUUACCUGGAGAUGAUGUAGAUGGUUCUGAAAUACUCAGAGAAGGAUGUCUCUCUCUUUUUUUUUCCUGUUAAAGCUGUGCUGUGAGAAAACUCUCCCUUGGGCUACUGGUCUUUCUUCAGGAUGAAGUUUGCUGGUGGCAGUCCUAAAGGGAUGGUGGUGACUCCUCCAUGUGAGCAACAGGACCUGAAUUCUUCAUGUAGUUAAGGGAGGAUGGUGUCUUAUAAUUAUCUAAUUUGAAUGGGCCUCUGUUUAGUCUAAUGACUUUUGAGACUUGAUGCUUAGGUUUCGGUUUCUCUCCAAGUUUUGUAAAGUGAUCUAAGUAUGGUGUGUAGUCUACAUCAGAAGGUAGGAAGCCAAGGAAUUGGAUAUUGCAAUGACAAAAGUAUGUCCCCCUUCUGGAUCUUGCUCUGCUUCACAAAGACACGUGAACAGAUUUUCCUCAAGAGAAGGUGUGUUUGUGUCUAAGGGUGGGAGGACAGCAGGGUGUUGUACACAAAGGCACUGGGCAUUACCUAUAAUGUCGUUCUUCCAAAGUUUGGAAGAUCUACUGUGGUGUGGUCUGGGCUGAGCAAGUGCCAACCCAGAAAAAAGUUUCCUUAACCUAGGGUCUUUAUUUUGUUGUCUAGUUCUUGGAGUUUUCCCCUAAGUUUGUAACUGCUAAGCACACCCUGUUUUGAGCAAGGUGGCAGCUCCGCCUAUUCAGGAUAAACACGCAAACUCUCAGCUUAAGACAGGUUUAUCUAAGGAUGUUACGUGUGACAGUAGCAAAAACUAAACAAAACCUCAAAUGAAAACCCAAUCAAAACCCCUGUUAUAGUCUAGCAUAGAAAAAGUCUAGCAGUCGUGACCCUCAACUGAAUUACUUUCUGUUCUCUGGUCUUGAGAAACAGAUUUCUCAGUUUGACUUGAGGUCGGAAAGCUUUCUGUCUGCUGGGAGCGAGAACUUCACAAUAUCUCAUUGCUUUCCCUUCCCCAGCCUGCAGGUGGUGGUUCAGCCGGUAAAAGCUGUGGAUGUUUUGGAGGGGCCAGGAGCAGCUCGCAGUGCCGGUGUUCAGCUUGGACGCUGGGAGGGAGAGGUAAAGCCUGUCAGGAGCAGAACCACUAUCUGCAGUAUUAGGCUGAGAAAAGAUCUAGGUGUUAGGCGUAACCUAGAGAAAAAAUGAGAUAAGCACAAAGUUUGGAAGGAAUAGAGAGGAUAGGAGUUAUCCAUCAGGUAGCUUAUGCAAGGAGAAAAUUGAUGCAGCUGGAGAUUGGUGGAGAAAGAAAUAAGGCAAGAGAAGACAUAAAGUGAAGUGGAAUAUAAAGGAGAUUAUUGCUGGGAGUUAGUUGACCAGGAGAUAGCAACACAGAGGAAAGGCAAUAGGAAAUAAGAAGAAUCCUCCAGGACACCAGCGAGAAGGAUAUGUCAUAGAGUUAGCAGGAAGUAAUAACAGAGCUUGUUUGUUUGUUUUGUUUGUCUUCCCUUCCAUUGUAAUCGUAUUUCUCUUUCUUCGUGUUUUAAAUUUCUGUGGCAAGCAGCAGUAAAAUGACAAAACUUGCGGUCUUGGCUUCUUUACUGCUGAGGUGGUUAUUUAAUGUGCAAUUUGUUGUGCAGUUAUUAUUAAAAAAUAGUUGCAAGAUGGAAUGAAUACUGGUUUUAUGGUAACCACAAUGAAAACAAACUGGAACAUAGUUUUAGGAAAACCAGAUAAGGUUUCAAAAGAGCAAGAUGUUUCUGUGUUUAGGAAUUUGGUUUGUUUUACAUAAGGAUCUUCUUUCUGAGGACAUCCCCCCCACCUCUAAUCUUUUGAAAGCAAGAUGAGGAACUGGUUUUCUUACAAAGAAGCAUUCUGCAGCUUUCCAUAGAUGCAAGUAUGCUUCUAGAAAGCUUUGAAUUUCUAAGAGGUAAAUUGAUGAAAUUUAUCUUAAAUGCCCCUUUCUGCAUGUUAGAAAUGGAUCCCCUGGUUUUGGUGUGUCACACAGAAUGGUAUGAGCCCUGACCUUUUAAUGACUUUUUUCAAUGCAGUUGAAUAAUUUCUGAUCAGGGUUUAUUUACUUCUAUAGUGUCUUGCUUAAUUUAUUUUGUGAAUUUUUUUUUAAGUCGCAGUUUUUAAUUUCAGUUUUUUAAAUGCCUCAGCAGUAACUUCUGUUAUCCUUGACAUUUUCACGUAACUAUAAUAUGAACUGCUGCAGUGGGAAACAUAAUCCUCUAAUCUGGCUAGCUCAGAUGCAUUGUUCAUAUAGAGACAUUUUCUAAUUCAGUGUAUUUAUUAACAGCUCUGAGCACUCUGUUCACUCCGGCUUCUGCACUGGGAACAGUUUUAUUAAUGGAAACUGUACUCAGACAGUGGGUUUACGCCUAUGACUUAAUUCACUAACUGGAACAACAGUGCUGGUUCAUAUGGUUGCAGAAUUCAAAGCUCUACCCUUUGGUUCAAGAAGUUAAAAGAUAUACAUGCAUAUACACAUAUAUGCGUGUAUGUAUAUAUAUAUAUACACUCAGAUUGCCAAUCAAUCAACAUUUAUUGAAAGGGCAGAUCUGAAUAUUAAUCUAAACUUUCUAAAGUUUUCCGGGGAAGCCUCAUAAUUGUUUGUGAUAUCACUUCAAGGAAAGCUAUUUUGGCAGUUUCAGGUUUUCAGACAAGCAUUCAGUUUCCUUCAGAAACAGAUUUUUCUGUGAUAUCUCUUCAGAACCUCUGUUUUUGGAAAUCAAACACUUCUGACUAGUUUUAGUGUUUAAUGACUUUAUUUCUUAUCUAUUAUCCCUAAAACUUAUGCUGAGUUGCUGUCCCUGAGUAUCUUAAGUAUGAGCCUCUUCAGGUCUAGUGUACACAGACGUGUGGACUGUGAGAUCUGUUGCUGUUUUGGUAGGCUGUUUGUUUCCAUAGUAUCUUCUUUUCAAAAGCAUAAUAAUUUUGUGCCUUUUCUGUCACUUCAUAUAAAGCUGCCUGCAGGAUGUACUUUUGCAAACCGUGCCUGAGUUAUUGGUCCAUUAACGAAUAGUUUGCUAAUGGCUGCUGUUGAAGUCAGAAAUCUUGUCUGGAUGAAUUUUCAGUAAAACUGAUCUCCCACUUAGGCUUUCAUUUGGAUGCUGAGAAGGACACAUAGCAGAGUGAAUAUAUAAUAUGUAGAAAUACCCUUAGAGAAUUAAAUAAUAUCUAGAUAUGCAGAUACUGUUAGUAAAGUCAAAGCAAAUUGCUUCUUAAGUAUGUCUAAAAUCCCAAGACAGGGCAGAAGAUCAUUAGUGGUAUGAUUUAAUUUAGUCAUACAGUCAAACUAGAGGUUAAUGGCAAAUACCACCAUGAUCUUUAGACAGGAGACUGAACCGUCAAUAUAGGGAAUAAAAUAGUGUUUCUCCAUGGAACUUACAUUUAUCUUACAAUGUCUAUUCUAUGCUGGAAGUAUCCUAGAAAAGUAUCUUUAUUUCUGUAGGAGCAAAACUUCUUUCGCUUUCUACUCCCCAUCAAAAACCCCAAAGAAAAAAGGUUUUAUGGACAGCUUCCCAGAAUGAAGCCUGGGAUGAAAACAUCUCUCAAGCUGCAAAGCAAGAAAAAAGGUCCUCAGCACUAAUGAUAUUUUCUAUUACCAAAUGCUCUGAGACCUAAAUAUAAAGAACAAGAGCAAAUAUUAUUUGUAUUUAUUUAUCUGUAUGUGCUAUAUUAUAAACACAUGCUCAAAGGUUUAAUGUUGUUUUGGAUAAAUACUCAUUAAUGACUAUGAUUCAUUGUAUAAAAUAAUAUAAGCUGAUUGGGAAAAAAGUAAGUGUAUAACAUGCAAUUGUUUUGAAGAAUGGAAAAUUAUUUUUCUCAAAACUUGGCACAUUUAUUAGGAAGCCCUUUGAUGUUUUAACAUCAACCUCUUGGAGAAACAAAUCAGUGCCACUUGGUUUCAUCCUUUAUUGACAAUGGCAUUUUGGAUUUGGCAGCGUAUGGAAAACUGUUUUCGGCUGAAGGUGUUGGCACAGUCACUGAAUGAUGCUAUUGUUGUAAAGAGAAAAUAAUUUCAUUAGGCAGCUACUGAGGCUUGUACUAAAAUCGCAAAAGAAAUAUCUGUGCAUGAUGCAACAUGCUAAAAAACCCAAGGAAACAACUGCAAAGAUGUAUAUUUUGGGCAUCUCAGAAGUAAAGGGAGUCUUCACUAACGGUGAUUCCAUUGUACUGUUACUGGGUGCUCUUAUUCCCCAUCAACUUCACGACACGCAUCUUGCAUCCAUGAAUCUGUAUCAGUUUCAAAUUAUUCUUUGUUGCUGCCAUGCCGCUGGAACCUUCUCUCUUCAAUUCGUGAUUUCCCCUUAUUUUUUUCCCAGUUUACAUACUUUUCUGUAUCUUUGUGCUAUUCUUUCCAUAUGCUAAGGACUGGAAUGACUAUCUUGCAUGGAUGUAUUUGUUCCUAUGUCCAUCAUCUUCCCUACUUAAAUUUUCUUGAAAAGCUGUGUAUCAAUGUUCCUAAAAAAAACAUCGUUUGAAAACGGAUCCUGUGACAUCUGUAAGAACUAGAAAUAUAUGUGACUCUGCAGGUCUACCUCUUCAGUUUACUAAUAUAUUGCUGAGGGUAACUUUGUACGAAAUGAAAAGCCAAAAGCUACUUCAGAAUACACAAACAGACGUAGGAAAAUAUGUUAGCAUUCAGAUAUUUCCUUUUACAGCAGAUUAACACUUCUUAUAUCAAUAGUCUGAAAUUCAGUGGGCCUGAGUACUCAGCGCUUGUCCAUUGUAUUUAUCAUUUCUGUUCUCACUGAUCCUUUCUAGGGAGUCAUUGAGCCCACUGCAAUAAUUUGCUGCAAAUAGCCUUUGUUCAAAUGUGGAAAUCGCUCACAAGAAUGAUGGAUUCGUAUAGUGAUAGCUCUUACAGGAUCAGAUCUAAUAAAAGUUUACCUGAUACAGUUUCUUAUGUAAAUGAGUUUUCCAGACCAUUUCUCUCUUUCUGGUUGCACUGUUAUCUAUGCUCCCACCAUACUCCAAAGAAAUUAAUUAUUCUUCCAUUUCUUUACUUUAAACAAAAUGUUUGCUGAACCUGGUUGAUAUUGCAUUGUCUCUUUUUGCAGGGCAAAGAGAAUUGUGCAAGAGUAAUUCAGUCUAUUGAGUUAUUCACAGCCGUUGUGUUUGAGUGCACCUUAUUGACAUUGUAUUUUCUGAAAAAUAUUGGAAAUCAUUUUCACUGAUGGGUAACAAUGAGACAAUCGUAUGAGAAGCAGUGGAUUCAGUAAGCUCAAUGCAAAUUAUUGUAAAAACCUUUAAAAGUAUCUUUGUCCAUAAAACAUCAGUUCUGUUUUUGUCUCCUCAAGGUUACUUUGAAAGCAAAUAUUUGGAGGCUGCCAUACACUCCUGAGUAUUUUGAGAGCCAGUGAAGAAAGAAAACAAAAAUAUUUACAGUAAGAGACAAGCAAUCACUGGGAAUGAGGAGAAAAGUUGAAGAGAGGUGCAGUCACUUGUGUGGAUUUCAGGUCAUCACAGUAACCAUGUCUAUAUGAAGAUGUACACCCCUGAGUUUUUCAAGCUCUACUAGAAAUACUUUUGCACAAAGAUCCCAGAAUUACUGUUGUGACAAUGUAUUGGAAAUGAAAUCAUCAAUGAACGCUCAUAUCACAUAAUCAGAAUCCACACGACCCUGCGGGAAGCAAGAGUCUCACUUGCAAAGUUAUCCUCUUCACUUUUUGGCUUAAAGUCAGGAGAGUGACUCACUCCAACGGUUUUUUGGAAGACACAGCAGGUUUGGGCUUGAGUGCUGGUACUGUUGGCUUGUCUCAUAGGGUUGUCCCAGUUCUUUCAGUAUGACCUUCAAAACACUACUGGCUUCCAGGGCUGCCUCAGCUUGCAGAUACUCUAUUCCACUCCUAGUUUCAACCCAGUUUCCUGAAGACCAUGACUUUGGUCAAUGUCUGCACAUGGAUGUCUUUCUGCACCUGUCUUUGUGCUCAGCUCCCCCACAGGCACUUUUUACAUAUUUGAUAAUUUCAGCCAGGUUUGAAAAAGUCUCACAAAUACUAAGGUGCUGCAUGUUCACUGAAAACAGGCAUCCUAAUACAUGAGAGAGUUUCUUGGCAGUUCAGCUCUCAUUAGACACCAGAGCAUCCACACAGAAAUACUCUCUCAAAUUGUUUCUCACUCACUGAGGACAUUCAAUGAGAAUUUGCACUUCUGGACACCAGAGAGUUGAGCCACAAGGCAGAAAUCCACAGGGGCCUGCUUAAGGUAGUUUUACUGUUUGCAGAGCUGUUUGCUUCCUUCAUGGAAAUUCAAAUGGAGAUCUGAGAGCCCAGCUCAGUUUUUGUCUUCUUUUGCAUCAUUCAUAAUUAACGAACUAACAGAGAUAAUAAUAUGAUUACUCUGAUCAUAGUAAACAGGUUUGAUGGCUCUGGUGACAAGUAACAUGCUCCUUUCUCUACUGGUUCUGUGCUUGUAAGAGUAUGAAUGGGGUGAGGAGGGGAAACAGUAAGAGAUUUUACAGUGUAAAAUAGUAACUAUAACUGGGCAUAGAAAUAAAUUUGCAGAAAGGUAAGUAAUUUUUACCAUGGGCACCUAAGAGUUGAAGUGCAGUUUAAAUUGAAUUUAAAAGUCUACUUCCAUAUGAGAAAAUAGCAAUAUGUCUUAGGUGACAUAUUUCAUUGAUAUACAAGAAUAUAAUGCCAAAUUGCAGCGAUGAAAAGCACAGGUGCUCUGAAAUUUAAAUGGCCUGUUCUAUUAAUAUUUCUUUACAGUAUGCAGCAUUAACUAAUUUUGGAACUAUCCUAAAGUUAAAUAUGUCAGAUAUUAUUUCAUACCAUUAUUCUGCAAUCCAAAGCUUGUGCUACAAGUUGCAAUGUGUCGUGUUUUUAUUUGCGUUAGCAGAUGAUUUGAUAUUGCAGACAAAUAGGAGCUGGAGUCUGUUUCUGACAUGGCUGACUGAUGUACUUUAUGUUAAAUACAGUAAGUAGAAACAGGCCAGCAACAUCCUACCUCAUGAUUAUUGUAACUUCUGAUUAAAAGAUGGAUUACGUUAAGACAGCUUUGUCACAAUCUUCCUUUGAAAGACAAACUAAAUAGAUUUAAAUUCAGGCAGUAUACACAGCAUGUCAAACGGUUGUCUUUCAAAGUAGUGGUAGGAAUUGCUUCCUUUCUUAAUAGUUUUGGUCUUCACUAUGAAAUGAGCUUUCAAUAAAUGACUCCUUUAGCAGUAGCAUGGAUGAGAAUAGUAAAUUAGAAGUGUAAAAGUCAAUGAAUAGGUUAAGAAUGCAACCUUUUAUUAACUUAUUUUUAUACUUUGGGUAAAUUUCCAGCACUGUGUACAUAUUCCUUUAUUACACUAAGGAGAUUUGCAUUUUAAUUCACUGCACAUCAUGAAAUUCUAUAAACCUUUGCCAAAAAUAACAAAUGUCAUAACCUUGGAUGCUCCGGUCUUUUGCUUCACCAAAAAGGUAUGUAUGUAUGAAGACCUUAAAUCCAUCACAAGGUUACAUACUGUGGUAUUAACACAAGAUUUAAUUUUAGCAAUGAUAUAUAAGAUGGCAUAUUGUUUGCACAUUAAAUCCUUGGACUGACUUGUCCAGUAAGGAGUAAAUAUUCAGAAGAAUAAUGACUGUCUUCAUGUGAGCUAAUGUUUUGCCCAGAGAUUUGCACUUGUCUUCAUAGUUUCUUUUUAAAUAUCAAAGAGUGAAUUGGGCACUUGGAGAUGCAGUUACUGAAUUUUGCUUUCACAAUUUAGUUUGCAAACGUAUAUUACAUUUGCAGAAAGUGAGGUCAGGCCUUGACUUAGUUUUAAAAAUAUCUGUCAUGGUAAAAUAUUUGUCCUUCCAAAAUGAAACAAACUGUUCAGCUGUCAGUGGGAAAGAAUGGUUCAAAGCCCUACUUUUUGUCUGGUACUUUUUACCAAUAAAAUCAGUGUGAUGUUUACCUGAGCAGAUACUCCAUCAGGGAUACAUUUUGUAAUGAAGUGGUAACAAAUCUAAGAUGAUUUAUGAACUGUUAAUGCUAUGAAACAGAUUUGAAAGUCCUCAGAAAGUUGCCUCCAUUGAUACAUGAGAAAGCUUGAUCUAAUUUAUGUAAACUUUAAUGUUUACCUCUUGUUCUCUUUAACCUCAAUGAACUCAGGAAGUUAAACUUUCCAUGAUGCCCUGUGUAAAAACUUCUGUCUUAACUAGAAUAAGCAUCAGCUGCUUCACUAGUUGUGUGAGACUGUCCUGGAUUUUAUGAACAGAUUAAUUCUGGUUCAUUAAGAUCACUAUUGGGCUACAGGAAGUUGCAAUAAUAUGCAAAAUUGUUUUAAAGUGUUGUGGGUUUUUUUUUCAUGUGUGUGUUUUUUGUUUGCCUUUUUUUUUUUUUGUGGGGUGUGUGUUUUGUUUUGUGUUUUUAAGAAAGUGUACAUGCCUUGACUUAAAAUUUCUCUCAUAGAUUGAUAGGGUCCAGACUUAUUAUAGUAUUAGAAAGUGUGUGUUUUGUGAAAGUUCAUCUAAAGAAACAAACCCCACCGAGUUGGCUGUUACGGCAAGCAUACCUGAAAUACCACCAAAUGCCACCGUUUUGUCUUCCUGGCAUGCAUGUGUCCUUUCACUGUGUUUGGCCCAAGAUAAUUACAAUGACAGUGUAAGAGUUUUGCUUUUGGGAAGAUGGAAAAUAUCUGUGAACCAGUAUAAUCCUAACAUUUCUGCAGCUUUACCUGAUAAAGAAGUUCUAGUAGAAAAAAAUGCUGAGGUAAUUCGUAAAGAAGACUUUCUACUAUCAUUAUAUUUUCAAUCACUGAAAAGAAGUAUGGCAUUUAGAAAUGCCAGUUUCAAAAGAUAAAGGUAGCUUCAGGUUUUUUUCAGUUGUUCUUUAGAUACUUCUAUAAAAAGAGUUUGUCAUUAUCAUUUUCCUUUCAUGAACAGAAUUCAAAAUGCUGAUGCAACCAACUUCCAGCUUUGUGGAAAUAAACAAUUCAUGUUCAUCCAACACAGUCCUUGAUGUAGAAAGUGUAGGCAUCUAUAGAUAUGUGGUGUCUUGCUGUUCAAAAGGAUAUUUGAAAAAAAGUAUUCAGGAGAUGCACUGAAUUCACUCAGGACCAUUUCACGUGUUCGACCCACAGAAAAAUUUCAAAAAAUAAAAUAAAAUAGCCAAUAAGAUUUUAAUUUACGUAAGUAUUUAUGCUUUUACGUCUAUAAGCACUAAACCCAGUGUGUGUGUAUAUAUAUAUAUAUAUGUAUGUCUUUGCAUGAGUUUUUGCAUGUGUCAGUCUUAGAGGGUAACAGAAGGCUUGGAUAUUAUUCAGGUGAAAGACUGAAAACUCUGAAAACUGUUAAAACCACAAGGUUUGCGCUUGGCUAAGAGAAUAUGGAACUCAGCACUGACAAAGCCACUGCAAAAGAGGACACCCCUCUAUAAUCAGAAUUUAGCACAGGCAGUAUACCUAAGUGUGCAAGGACAUGUGGCUGUUUUUCUAAGUUUAAAUCUCUAUUCUUGAGCUACUGUUGUCCAAAAUGGCAAUAAAAGUGACCUUCCCUGCCUUUUGCUUUUCAUUAUUGAAGGUGGGAAAUGACAAAGCAAACUAAACAAGCCUUCAGAAAUCAUACCAUCAAAUCCAAUAGGAUGAUUUCAUUUGACACUUUUACUGGAAUAUGAUUCAGAAAAUACAACCACAGAGAACUAGGAAACAUGAACAAAGUUAGGAGAUACCAUAUAGUUUUAGUUUAGUUGCUUUUUUUUCUUUUUUUAAAAUAUUUUCUUGGAUGGGGCAUAAGCAAUGCCUAUGUAGUCACAUAUGGCUGAGGUAGGUGAUGAUGCCGGUUGGGUUGCUGAUGGGCUACCAGUAGAAAUCACAAGGAUUAAGGCUUGAAGGACUGUGGAGUGCUGCAAUGUGAUCAGUGACUAGUGGAUGGUGAUAAAAUGCUGAAAAUUACUGUGAGAUUUAUAAUGGUUUUCUUCAAAUACUCAAAGUUCAGACCUGGCAGUUGGUGUAAGGAGCAGAUGUUUGACUGCUCCUGUGAUGUGAGACAAGUAUUGUGAUAAACUGUCUGAUGUGAAAUGAGCAGCAAUGGAUUCAAACAGGGUUCAGGGCGGAUAUAUACACAGUAACAUAUUAUAUGUGGGAUGAGCAGCUUACUGAAGAUUCAGAGCUUGAGUUCUGACACUGAGGUAUCAAUCAUGUGAGAUUUGUAUUGAGAGGUAUUUGCUUUCUGCCUACAGAUAAAAAUCUCCUGUGAAUUACUUGAGAGAUUUGCAUUUAAAUUUGUUCUUCAGCCUAAAUGUGAGUCACGGGCUUUUCUUUUUGCUUUGUCAUGGAAAGUAUUUUUAAAAUACAUUUGUAUAUACUUCACAAAAAGUACAUUUGUCUAUACUUAAUAUAUGCUUAUGUACAUUAAAUAUAAUCUGUUUGGGUACACAGGUAACUCCAGUGGUCUUGGUUGUUCAAAACAUAAUGAGAUUUUGUGCGUGUGUGUGUGUGUGUUAAAUCUGCUGUUUCUCUAAAUAUUCCAUCUCUAACAUGUACAGUUUCAAACCUCAGUUAUUCUUCCAAGACUGUAAUGUAUUCAGAUGGUAUAAAGCAUCAUGCUUGGUCGACACUGAAUCUGAAUGUAAAGGAAAAUUCAGAUGUUUUGUGUCUCUGUGUACAACUGUGGUAUCAACAUGCUGAAAAUGUGGUAGGAUUAAGUUUUAUUUUUUCUUUUGUUCAGGGCUAUUUCUGCUUAGAACUGAUAAAGUAUUAUCUUUCCAUUCUAUGCUUUUGCAAUUCUUAAAUUUUGUCUUUAAAUAAUUAAUUUGGGAUUUUUUUUAAAUAUAUUUUGUCUCUGUACACAUUAGAGUAUUUGAAGCACAAGGCAUUCUCUUAAUGUAUCCACCUGUGGAAAACAAGCUAUUACUUUACUAAACUUGCUGUAAAGAACACUGACAUCCAUGUUGGGGCAAAGAUAAGAAAAAUAAUUUAUUCUAAAUUUUAAAAGAUACAGUAGAGUUCAUUGACAUAAAAUCUAGUAAUUGGCAUUGUUAUAUAAUGGCAAUUAAAAAGCACUAUAGAGGAUAAGGUCUGAUUCACAGACUACCUAUAAGGCUAACUGUAUGAGAAAAAAAAAUGUUCAAUGAAGGAAAGAUACCAUGUAAAUGGAAAAAGAGAAUAUUCCAUGAUUUUAUAUACAAUCCUGGUGAACAGACAGCAUAAACAGAGCUUUUGGAAAGCUAUGGCAAUUUGAAACUACAAUGGAGAAAUACAGAUGAGUGACAAAAUGUAUAUAUUUAACUUCUAGUGUUCAACCUAGUUCAGCAUGAUGGAUUAGGAAAGUCAAAAGCAUAUAAGACUGUGUGGCUUAUUUGAUACAAAGAUUUCUGUACCUCCUCUUCAUCUUUCUCCUAGCACAUGUUUUACUCACUGUCCUGAUUUCCCUGUGUUCUUACACACACGAUUGAUGAAUAUGUAACUUUGCGCUCUUCAACUUUUCUGCCAUCUUCAGAGGUUUGUGAACUGAGCCCUUCCAGGCAUUCCCAAAGGAUGCAGGCACUCCAAAGUCUUUUUCAUAUCUUUAUGUGAAAAUACUUCAUCUCCCUUUUGUUGUUUUUCUUAUCUGGUCUACUUCUGUUAUUCACAGAGAAUCUUUAUCUGCUCAUGUGCCCAAGAGGUGGUGGAUUAAUGUAAUUUUUCUGCAGCUUCCAAUUCCGCUCCACCCCUAUUAUCUCUUUAAGACCCUAAAGAGUUUUUACUUAAUUCUUUUUUCUGUGUGUGUCGUGAUCAUUAUCUUGACUUCAUCCCAUUAAUUACUGCCACACAUCUUUAUUGAACCUUACAGUCUGAAAAUGAAAUGUAGAAAAACAUUGUGGGCUUGAUCACGAAUGUACUCAGUUAAAUGUAAUCUUUCCGUGUGAUUUUCAGUGGAUUUUCAAUUAGGUGAUGGUUCCCCUUUGAAACAAUCAAAAAAAGUAGCUAGGCUCCCUGAAAAAAAGUUGUGAUGUUAUUUUCUGGAUCAGUCCUGAAGUUCUUUGUUCCAGCAAAUCCCUGGAGCUGGAAAACUAAAGGAUUAGCUGACUGAAACUAAUGGCAUUAAAUCAAUUGCUGCAAGAAUAUAUUUAGGCUGAGCAUUAAUAAUAAGGGAGGCUGGAUGGCAUAAUGAUGGAGCACUGGCCUGGGAUUUGGGAGGUUUGGACUGCAUUCUUGGCUCAGCCAGUAACUUGCUGGGCGACCUCAGGAAAGUCACUUUACUUACUGCUGCCUUAUUAAAAAGUUCCAUGUGGAACGUGCUUUGAACUCUUCUGACUUUUAGUGUUAUAUCACCACCGUAACUAUUGUAACCAUGUAGGUGAAAUCUAUUAAAUGUCAGCCAGAAUGGAAGUGGUGACUACCUGUGGUUAAAGAACAUUUUAUGGCAACUACUUGAGACUCCCGGCAAACCUGUAUUUCCGAAAUAAUCUCAUACAAGAAGUGGAAGAAAUACGAAGUUGCCCAAAGCUUUUUUUUUGAGCCUCGCAAAUAGCUCUUUAUGGUGGUGAGAGUUGUUUAAUAAUGAUAUAUUGUGCAAUGAAAGAUAAAACUAGAAGGAUGUAUCAAGUGGGAUUCUGCAGGAGUUUAUCCUGAUUAUUGUAGCAGUCAGCCUUUUCAUUAGGGCACAAAAUAAGAUGCACCAGGAAGGAAUACAGAAUAUCAAUGAUGAUGGAGAGCAGUGUUUUAGAUAGUAAUUUUGUUGAUAGCCACUUCAUACCAUAUAUUUUUUAAUGGGUCAGAGUUCAACUGUUUGUAGGAAGAUCAGCUGCGCAUUACCAGUGACAAAAUGGCGGGAUUUGGGGCUACGGCAGGAGAAGAAAUCAUCAGAGUGAACUAAGCAAGGUGUGAUUUUUGAAAUUGGCUGGGUUUGCUGUCUCUUCACUAGGAAGCUAAGAAUGAGGUGAAUCAAAUGGAGCCAUAAAAGGUUAUCCUUGAGAAAGUCUGGAGGAUUUAUGAAGUUCCAGACCCUGGAAAAGGGCAAAUGCAAUCCUUAUCUUUAAAAACUGGAACAAUAGAGGAUCAAAGAAAUUAAAGACCAGUAAGCCUUCCCAGAAAAUAAAUACUGAAGAAACAAUCAAAUCAUUUGUAAGGAAAAAAACCAACCGAACAACCCCAAACAAAAACAACCUAACAAAAUGUGAAACAAUGAAGAUCUGUCAAAAGCAAAUUAUCUGAGGUUCAAACCAACGUUUUUCUAUGGAAGAACAGAGCGGUUCUAGCAGAACUAGCCAGUGUUGUGUACUUUGUAAGCAUAACAUGGCAGCUCCAAAAGUAAACUGGGAACUGUGUGUAAUUAAACUGCCCCGACGUUGGUACCAGACUGUCUGGAAAACCACAUUUACAGAGAGGUUAUUAAUGAUUCAGUGCCAAACUAUCAAGCAGGAUCGUGUGUACUCUGGUUGCAGCAGUACUCAACAUAUUCAUCAAUUACUUGGUUGAUGAAACAAAGGCUAUUCUCAUUAAAUAUGCAGAAAUGGAGUGGAGGUGAAUAAAGAUAAAUAUGAGGUGCUGAACUCAUGCAAUGAUAACCAGCUGUGCUGGUUCAGAACAAGCUGGGUGACGGAUCUGCAGAGGAAGAUCUGGGGUCUUACUCAGCAUCACUAGUGGAAUCACUUAUACCUUGUCAAGCUGUUACACAAAAUACAAGCACCCACUGGGUGCACAAGAAGCAACAUGCCCUGCAGGAGAAGCUAAGGCAGCCUGGUGAAAUCCUGUGUCCAUUUUCAAUGCUAGGCUUCACGGAGGAUGAGCCUGGAGAACAGCAAGUGUAAGGCAAUGAAAAGGACUGCACUAGCGAAGAUUUAAUGAACUGGUGUUUUUUCAUUUAUGGAGAAAAGAAGACAAAGGUGAUACAUUAUAAUUGCCUUCAAAUUCAGAAGAGACUGCUGCAAAGGCAGAGAAUAAUUUUUCUCCAUGUCCAAGUGAAUGAGACAUGAAGUAAUGAGCUAAACCCGAAGCAAUCAAUUUAGAUUAGACAUUAAAAAAAAGUUUCUAACAGUACGGGUAGUUUGGUGCGAGAUUAGAUUCUGUGCUCUCCCCAGACAAUCUCCAUAAUUGGAGAUUUUAUAAGAACAGGUUAGACUAAUGUCUGAGUGAUUGCUGUAGAGUUGACUCAGCCCUAAAGCAGCCAUACUGCCCACAAUCCUGCUUCUCUUUGGGGAGGGAAGACAAGUUGGAACAGCUACCUAAGACAUAGCAUUUGGGGCUUUCAUUCCUGUCAUUUUUAAUUUUUUUUUCUGGUGCGUGUUCUGUCUUCCACUUCUUUUGCUACCUCAGUGUAAUUUAUAUCCAGCUAGUUGAUGGUAUUUUCAUUAGAAGGAGAAAGUAUAUAAAAGUAGUGAGAAAAAAAAUAUUAAUGUUUGUAAAGUAAUUUAUGAACCCCAACUGAAAGGCAGUGUAUAAGCACAAACAAUACUAUCAGAAAACAAUUAAUAAAAUAAUAAACCAAACUGGAUAGAAAUGAAACAAAACCAAAACAAGAGUUAUACACUGCACACAAACCCCACAAAAUAGAUAUGAACCUUAAAUAAUGACAGCCCAUUUUCAAGAGUGUUUAUUUUUUAAAAAAAAAAACAAACAAAAACCAAACCCAAACUAAUUAAGUAUUUUUCAUUACCAAAGUUCAAGCAAUUAAUCACAGACCUGUGUAAUCAAAAGUAAAGUUUAUUUCUUAUUACGUAUUCAUGUUGCAAUCCUAGCAUUUGAGAUGAUUACAUACUAUAUAUAAACACAUACCUACUAUGUAAUCACUUAAAGUGGUGUGAACAGCAUAUAGGUAGUUCAAAAUGAACACCAUAUGCACAGCACAAAACAUUAAUAUCAUUCCAGAGUAUGUCACAUCAUGAGAAAGCCUAAUCUGUUCCCAAAAUUAGUUUGACUUAUUCAUUAGUGAGAUGAAGAAACUGAUUAUGGUGAAGUAUUUUCUUUUACAUUAAAUAAGAGAUAAUCUUAUCCUCAAGAUCUGCGUUUUUUUCCUUGAAGAAAUCAUGUUUUUUUAAAGCAGUUGCUACCGAUCAGUCACACUUGAAUCCCAUGGCAUUAUUUUUAUUGGUAUUAAUCAGUUCAUUUUAAGAUGACCUAUUCCACUUCAUAGUAAAUAAACAGGAAUUUCCCAUUUCUGAGAUGGGAGUUGUUUCUUUGAUACUUGUCCAGCACUCUAUGGAUAGUUAAAGAAACAAUAAAGAUGCAGAAGAUUUAACUGAAAAAUUUUUUAGUUGGAAAAUCAAUGAAUAGCUCAAGCAACAGGGUUUGAAGGAAAAAGUGAAGGAUCAUAGCUUAAAAUGAGCAAAUUAAUUAAUCAGAAAGAAGGCAGACCAACAGUCAACUUUUGUUUGUUCACUAAUGUUUACAGGAUAUAUAAAAAUACAUGGUAUCACAAACAGAAAUCCUGUGAACAGCCUGUUCCUUUCCUUUCCUUUCAUAGCCAGGUUAUUCAAAUUUGCACUUUGUCUAACACGAAUCCCAGCUGUAACUGGAGACAGUUCCAGAUGCAGCAACUUUAGAAGGACAUCAGAAGGGGGUCAUAGAGGUACUUUAUGUUAUGAAUUAAUGAGAGUUAAUAAUGUAUUCUAAAUUUACAAGUCCUUUCAUCUAAGGCUCUUGGAGCAAUUUAUAAACAUUGCUGCACUGCUGCAACAGAAGAAACAGUUAGUUCUUAUAAUUAUCAGGAGUAUGUGAGUCCAACUGAUGUGCUGUAGUGACUAGGCAUCUAAUGACCAAGUCACUUUAGAGGAAAAAAAAAAUACUUCAACCUCAAUUUUGAUGAAUUUAUAAGCACUCGGGUGCUUUCAAUGCCUCCCAAUUUUCUUUAUUUUGUUCAAGUAGAUACAAGCACAGAGCACGAGGCUCUGUUCUCUCACCCAGCUGGGAGCUGUUGGCACCAACAAAGCUUAAAUCCCUGAUGUGCCAAAUGUCUUGAUAAAAUAAUCAGUAGGAAAUGGAGACAUCUUCUACCAGCAGCAUCUUACAGGAUUUAUACAGUCAGAAUCAGGCCCAGAAAUAUGAUGUGCAGGAAGUCAUGUAACUGUGGCAGAGAAUUGCAACUGUAACCAUCCCUACACUUUUACCACAAAACUGUCUUCCUGCAGUCCCAGAUUAAUAAAAUCCAGGGUAGGCUUGGAGAAAAACAACAAAUUGAUUAGCUUUUAAGGAUAAGUGAAGAAAACAAAUACAAAACUUGGGCCAUCUAGGCUUCUUCAUGCAGAGAAACAACAUUACUUGGAAUACUUGACCAUGGAAAAAGUCAAAAAGGAUUAAAGCAAAAGUAACAGGUAUUGUCAAGAAAUAAUGUUUGCAACGGUAUUGCAAAAGGAACUGAAUAAAGGAGGAAUCAUAAAGCCAUAAUCAUUUACUUUGUUUUUUAACCUUAGUUCAUAUAUAAAUAAAUUACAAAAUGUAAGAGAAAUUGUAUUAUUUUGGUGGAAAGAGGAUCAGCAAACCAUUUUACUUUCUUCUUUUUUCUUUGUUUGUUUGUUUAUUAGAUGCUUCCUGGAGGACUUGGAGAACUGUCAGAAGUGCCAUGAGAUUGUCUUUUGCCCUCUCAUAUGGGAAGAAACAGCUCUGCUACAUUAUGCCAUCACCCAGCGCAAGAUGUGCUCAGUUUCCGCGUGCGCAAGAUCAAGUUGAUUAUUACGUAAAGCUGAAAGACUUAAGGGAUCAGCUGAAAGGCAUCGCACCAAACACAGAGGUGCAGGAGGUGCAGUACACGUUUGACUUGCAACUUGCACAAGAGGAUGCUAAGAAGAUGGCUGUCAAAGAAGAAAAAUACGAUCCAGGUUACAAAGCAGCGUACGGAGGAGCUUACUGUGACUGUGUGCCAUAUGGAAGCGAGCAGUGCCAUUUCUCUUCAAAUGGAACCGGUGAAGUUCAGUGCUUGGGGCGUUCAGCCCGUAAACCAUUACUCCUGGUUAAAAAAUAGAGGAAAGAUGGAAACCGCAAAUAUCUUUUUUUGUAAUUGUUUAGGGGUUGUUUUGGGAGGUUAGGGGGCUUUUUGCUAGUGGCGUCAUCUGUAUUUUUAGUUUUAGUGGUAUUGGUUGCAUUUUUUUAAACUGUAUUUAGUUUUGAUGGUUGGUGGUUUGUUUUGGCAGCAAUCGAUCCACAGUGCUGUGAAGGGUCGUCCUUUAGUGAAGUUCCUAAUGGACAAUGGAUGUCCCAGUCCUUUGCAGACCAGAUUCCAGAGUUGGGUGCUGGUUUGACAAAGGAAGAAGAGGGAAGCGGUGCCUAAGAGCCGUUUCUUCUCAGCCAUCCAUACAUGCUGCUUAUUCCCCAUGCUGCACGUGUUGGUGUGCAGGCAUUUCAGGGAUGCCACACCCUGUGAGGAGGCUAAAAUGCCUGGAAAUUCAGACACAUAGUUUCACAUCUUGUAGGAGAUGAGACUGGAGAUUUAGAGCGAGUUAUGAACUGAGGAAAGAGGUAGCAGUGGUUGCUCCUCCUGCUGUUUUGUGAGACCUAAUCUCACACUUCAGUCUCUGAGAGCAGUCUGGUUUGUUCCAGAUCAACCAAAAUAUUUUGCGGGCAAGUGACCUUUUUGCUUAAAUGGUGAAAAUGGAUGAAAUAUAUUUGCUUCGGAUUGAACUGAUCUAAUUUCUGGUUCAUUUUUAGGAACUAACCUUGUGGUAUUAAGGACAAAAGAUUAAGCAGUGUGGCCAAGACGGUUACACUGUAGUUACGAUUCAUGCCUGAUACACGUGAAUUGGUAUCAAAUGCUGGUUUGACAAAUGAAGCAUUAGUGACUGGAAGCCUUUCUAGUGACUUUCUGAGCCAUUAAUCGCAUGUGCUGUGUGCAUGUAUGGGUUUCCUAAUGUGUGAAGAGCUGGCUUUUUUUUUUUGGUGCAUAAUGAAAUUAGAGAUGUAAGAAAAGAGCAUGAGAAGGUAUUUUUGAAUAUCAGAAAAAUACAGCCUCAGUAGAAAGCCCUUCUGGGACUAUUUAUUUAUGUAUAGCUAAGGUCUGCACCCUUUACAUGUUAGAUGGUGACUGCUUGUAGGGGGAAAAAAAUAUACAUAAUGCAGUAGUGCACAGUUCGCACAAGCAGAUAUGCUGCAAAUUAAACCAUGAAAUACAGUAUUUCUUCACGCUAUUCUCAGUGGUAUGCUGGAAAUAUAUGGUUUCCUAAAUUAUACCUUGGCAUCUCCAAUAGCUACAUUAUUAGAUAUUUCAUAUAGAACUUCAUUAGCUGUGCAAAAACCCAGCACGUAUCCUUACGAAUGCAGCUUCAGUGAACUUUUUUUUUAAUGCUACAUUAUUUUCUAUUUAUUUGCAGUUUUCAGUAUAAAUAAUAAUAAAGAAAACAUUGUUUUCUUCCAUAUCACUUUCAUUAGCUCCCUUGUUCAGACAAACAGGCCAGCUUCAUCGAAACAGGAGUAAAGAAAUAAAAAUAAGGCUCCAUUCUUGUAAAUGCACUGGUUAGCUUAUGUGCAAUACCUUCAGCAGGUUUUGGUAGAAGGAAGGGAGGUGAUACAUUUGCCUGCGGAUUUUUUUUCGCAGGCUGAAUUUUUUUUCUAUUUUCAUUUAAGAUGAGUUUCACAAAAUGUUUUAUUUCUAUUCUUUUGCCCAGUAUUGAUUUAAGAACAGAAAGGCUAGUUACAAAAUAAAUGCAAAUGGUUGGGGGAGAAAAAGUAUCCUAAUGUGCUGCCAAAGAACUAAAAUGCAUUAUUGAGUGAUAAAUGAAGUAGAUUUUUUGAUCUCUGCCUCUCCUCCCCAUCUCCCUCAUCACAAUUAACUACUUUUGAAACAUGCCCUGAAGACAAAAUGUAUUAUCACACUUUAUGGGCCAAAACAGUCUCAGAUGCCUGCCCGGUGAGAUGCUUCACCCAGGAGCAGAAGUGAUCACUUUGGCAGGACGUCAUCUCAAAUCAUCAAUCAGACACACUCAGCCCGUGACUUCCCUUUUGAGUUGUCCAAAGACACAGUUACUACAUCUGUUACUACAUCUACUACAUUUUACUUACAACCAAGUGGAGGUAAACUUUUUUAAAAUAGAAAUUUAAAUUAUGUUCCUGCUUUUAUUUUUCCAUUUUAACACAGAAUUAGAACAUAUAACUACAAAAAUGCCCAUGGCUGUCUACAACUCUCUCUCCCUGUCAGAAUACCACCACAGGACAUAAGAAGGAUCAAAUGAAAUAUUUUUACAUGUGGUAUUUCUGUAUCCUACCAGAAUAAAAUGAAAAUAUUAUUUCUGAGAAAGAUUAUUUAAUCAUACUUUAUACUUGAGUGUGUCUAUCUGAUCUCUUUUUCUCCAAUAAACAGAACCAGAACAGAA